GAAGGUAUGCUGAGAUAAGAAGAAAAGGAGAAAGUGUUGCUAGUAUAGUUAGAUAAGUAAAGAGCUUAACCACAAUCAAGAGAAAUCAUAAAGACUUUAUGUAAUUGGCAAAUGUGGAAUAAAAUUUGUGCUUACACAAGAUUACACGAGAGAACCUAUUGAGUAAUGAGGUAUUAUAAUGAUGAACAAUAAGUAAUUCCAUGCAACAUAACUUACAAACAUGGUAGCUAAUGUUGUAUGGUGAAGCCCCACAAACUACAGACCAAGAUAAGAAUGAGGAAUAUCCUAGGACUUGAGCUGGUGUAUAUAUGUAGCCAGGGAGGUAGAGAGUUUAGAGGCUCCAUUUGAGAAUGAAUUCAGGUGAGCCCAGUAGUGCCAUGUGAAAUCAACAGUGCCACAACUAUAGACCCCAGUUUGGUGAGACCAUGGGGUUAUUACUUGACAUUUAUAUAUAACAUUAUAACGUAAGCAAACGCCAUCUAACAGACAUAGUUAGGAGACCUGACAAUUACAGGUUUUCCCUCUAGCAGUGGACUUAGGAUUAAUCUCUAUUCUAUGCUGAUUCAUAUGAUCAGUUACCCUCAAGAGAGGACCAGAGGUGUUAUCGUUAGUAGUAUGGGAACUGAAGAGGGUGUCACCACUGUCACAUGUGUUAAGGUUACUAGAACUAGGGCUGAUGGUACUAGGGUGACUAUCAUUGAAGUGGGUAGGAUUCCCAAAGUUCAUAGUAUUAGUAUCUAGUGGAUUAAGGUGGGGUCCAAAUGAAUAGUUUAAAGGGCCCACAGUAAGGCAUCUAAAUUUGCACCCAUUAGAAGAGGCAAAUUAUAGAUCCUAAGUUUGGUGUUUUGAAGUAUGAGCUUUCAAUUGAAGAUUUAUUAGAGAUGGGGUAGUGUUUGUGGUGUAAUGGGAAAUUAGAGCUUAGGAUUUGGAAAAAUAGCUUAGGUAAAGAUUUAACUUGGAGAGAGAAUGGUGAGCUUACAACUCCUGGGGUGGCUGUAAUACUGGGCAAGUGCUGACCACAAGAAAAUCCAUUGCAGGGUGAUUAGAUGUGGGUGGGUAGUGGCAAGCUUGGCAGACUUAGAUUCCACAUUAGGAAAGAGAAGUGCAAGUUUUGUCUUUAGCCUAGUAUUGGGAAUGUAAGAAAUUCUCUUGUAGAAGCCACCAUUCUUGAAAGCCUGGUAUAAUUAGUAUGGGACAUAAUUAUUAAAGAUAUCCUCAUUAGCUGAUAGGUGACAAAUUCUGAUUGAAAUACUAGUGAUAAUGCUAUUACGGGUAAAUCUAGGGUAAUUAGAAAGAACAUCGAUAUAUUGUAAUUACUCUUUCAGGUCACUUCUAAGAAGUUAGCUGCUUUAAUGCUAUUUUCAAAUGAGAUAGAAAGGUAUAAUUCUUAAAAACUUAUGAGGGGUCUUCCAAGCACUUUCACUGGAUGAUCGGGAAAUAUUGGUGACUGUAAGAAGAGCAUUGUCCCUGUAUAGACCUCCAGAUAGGCUAGGGAAGUGCUGGUUUAUUUGAGAGCGAAGAAAAAGUUCAACCAGGUCUUGUGUAGUCAAUAAACUGUAAUUAAUGGAUCGAGUUGCUGAAUUAGAAAAUGCUCUUCCUCAAGAUUUUCAAUCGUUUCUCCACGUCGAAGUAGCACUGAAACCAGAAAGCAUUGCUCGGAAAAAUUUUAUCAAAGAGCGUGUCAAAAUCUUCUUAUAUAAUCAGAAGGUGGCUUAUGGUGAUUUUAUUACCACAGAGUUUGAUGAUGACGACUUAAAAACUCAUGUAAAAAGUUUAGCUUUAUGUGAUACAGAUUUAAACAUCAGAGAAAGACAGAGUAUUGACUUACAGAGCAACAAUUUGAAAGUGCAUGUUUUCCAUUUACAUGAAGAUGGUCCCUCAGAUGAAGAUCUUGGAGAUGAUAGUAAUUGUAGUGUUGCACAGAUUUGGAACUUGCCUAGUUUAACCUUCUAUAACAUGUGGGAUUUUCUAGUAUUUGAUGAAGAUAUAAAGGCUCAUCUUUUGAAUUAUGCUAUGACUACACUUCUCUUCUCUGAUAAUAAAGUCAACAGUAAUAUAAUCUCCUGGAAUCGAGUAAUUCUUCUGCAUGGACCACCAGGAACUGGGAAAACUUCUCUGUGUAAAGCUCUGGCACAGAAAAUAUCUAUUCAACUAUCCGACCGCUAUAGUUACGGCACAUUAAUAGAACUUAACAGUCAUGGAUUGUUUUCUAAGUGGUUUUCAGAAAGUGGUAAACUUGUUGUAAAGUUGUUUGAGAAAAUUGAAGAGAUAAUUAUUGACAAUGAAGCUUUGGUAUUUGUAUUAAUAGAUGAAGUUGAAAGUCUUACUGCUGCAAGAAAAAACAGUCUGAAUGGCAAUGAACCGUCUGAUGCUAUUAGAGUGGUCAAUGCUCUUCUGACGAAGAUCGACCAAAUCAAAAAUUAUUCAAAUGUCUUGAUUCUUACAACAUCAAAUAUCACAGAUGCCAUUGAUUUGGCAUUUAUAGACAGAGCUGAUAUCAAGCAGUACAUAGGUUUGCCUUCACCUCGAGCAAUUUUUAAAAUAUACCAUUCUUGUAUCAAUGAACUAAUGAGGACGGGCAUAAUUUCACCUGUUCAGCAAAUGCUUGAUAUUCGAGUUUUAGAAAUUACUGGUUAUGCUGAUAACGAUGCCACAAAGCUUAGUCUUCAAUUGUUAACCAUUUCACAGAAAAGUUAUGGCUUGAGUGGGAGAACAUUAAGAAAAAUGCCAUUCAUUGCUCAUGCUCUGUAUUUGAGGGUUUCAUCAUCAACAUUGGAAGUGUAUCUGGAAGCUCUUGACAAAGCUGUUGACAAUCAGUUUACUCAACAAAAUAAUUUGUGUAAGGACAAUUAAAGUGAUGUUUUACUGGAAUCUAAGCAUAUGUGUGUUUAUUUACAUGUAUGUGUGAAUGAAAUAGAACUUUUGGACAGAAAAUUAAAAAUACUUGACUUGAAAAAAGAAAACAAAAAUCUAUCUGAAUAACUAAACUUUUCUCCCUAUUGUGUAUGCAUGUAAAUAGAUAAAUAUAUGUGUGUAUAUGUACAUAAGAGUGUUUGUGCAUGUAAGCUUAUGUGUGUGUAUGUGAUGUAGAUUGUGUAAACAUUAAAGUGUUUUAUACAGACAUGUGGUAUAUAAGCUUUAUGUAUGUAUGUAUGUGUAUAGAUAUUGUGAGUAUAUUCAGCCAUAGCCAAAAGUUUGCUAUGUUUUUUUCAAAAUUAAAAUUCUUAUGCCCAAUAUAUACUCCAACUAAAUAUAACUUGGAGUAUUUAAUAUAAAAAUUCUAAUUUACAGACCUAUGUUCCAAACUUUUGGCCACAACUGUAAGUAUGUAUGUGUAUUGUGUAUGCAUAUAAGUAUAAAUAUGUGUGGUAAGAGUAAAACAAAAACACAUUUGUUAUGAAUGCUUAAAAAUGUUGGACCUACAAAACCUUUUGUUGAAACUUUUAUUCAGCAAUGUAUUUUGUUAGGUAUGACACAUUGUUUUUACCUCAUUCAUCCUAUCUCCUCCUCUGACUUGCUAAUAAUAUGCACAUAUUAAAGUUAUUGCAUUGCUGCAAUGAUUCAUAUAUGCUACAAUUCCAUAUUUACGGACUCAUCCUGUCUAUCAUAGUUCUCUGGUUUCUCUUUCUCCUUGUGCCUGUAUUUAUUUUUUUUAUGUACAUUCUCUCAUUCAUGUUAAAUACACAGGCAAGAGAAGAUGAUGAAAAAUAAGUGCCCUGUGAGGCCAGCUGUGUUGGUUUUUGUAACAAUUUCACUUACACCUCUAAUAACAUUGAGGAAACAUAAACACAACAACAUCCUCGUUCCUUUCACCUGUAAAUAAUAGAUCUUGUUUAUAUGUUAAGAUUUAAUAUUAAUAAAGAAAUACAAAGCAUGCAUGCACACACACACUAUAUAUAUAUAUAUAAUAUAUAUAUAUAUUAUAUAUAUAUAUAUAUGUGUGUGUGUGUGUAUGUAUGUAUAUAUAUGAUGAACUCUCCCAUUGAAGACAACAUAUGAGUGUUCAGCUCUUGCUGAACAACCUGCACAAAUGGUUUGCUUAUAGUGAUCAAAUGUUCAUGCUGCACAUUAUCCAUUACCUCCUCUCUCCAUCUGAUCAAUGUUGUCUGAACAGGUGCAUAAUGUACCAUGCAUCAGGUGUCAAAGUGAUUACAGAGCAACAUGAGAUGAAGUAUUUUACUCAAGAACACCUUACAUCAUUUGGUCUAGGAAUUGAAACAACGAUC